ACUGGCGCAGCGCGGGGUCCGGGCCGGCCGCGCCCGCCCCCGCCGCCGCCUCCUCCUCCUCCUCCUCCUCCUCGGCGCCCAGCCCACCGCCGCCGCUGCGCCCUUCGCCGCCCGCACCUCCCCGCAGCCUGCCCCGAUGCUCUGAGCCCGCGCGGCCCCAGACCCGGCCCCUUUUCCCGGCCGCGCCGCCAUCUCCCCGCGCCCCGUUGGCGGCCAUUGGAGCCGCCCGCCUCGCAGCUCGGGCAGCCGGCGGGAGGACCCGCUCAGCCCGCCGCCAUGGAGAGCCCCGGCGGCGUCACCGACAAGAAGAGGAUUAGCUCAGAACGCAGAAAAGAGAAGUCGAGAGAUGCAGCCCGGUGCCGAAGGAGCAAGGAAUCGGAAGUAUUCUAUGAGCUUGCUCAUCAGCUGCCCCUGCCCCACACCGUGAGCGCACACCUGGACAAGGCAUCCAUUAUGAGACUGACCAUCAGCUACUUGCGCAUGAGAAAGCUGCUAGAUGCUGGUGAGCUGGAGACAGAAGCCAAAAUGGAGAAGGAACUGAACUGUUUCUACUUGAAAGCUCUUGAUGGAUUUGUCAUGGUUCUGUCCGAAGAUGGGGACAUGAUUUACAUGUCUGAAAAUGUGAACAAGUGUAUGGGACUCACUCAGUUUGAGUUGACGGGGCACAGUGUAUUUGAUUUCACUCAUCCAUGUGACCAUGAAGAGCUGAGAGAAAUGCUUACACACAGAAAUGGUCCUGUGAAAAAGGGCAAAGAGCAAAACACGGAGCGCAGCUUUUUUCUCAGAAUGAAGUGUACACUGACUAGCAGGGGAAGAACAGUGAAUAUUAAGUCGGCUACAUGGAAGGUACUUCACUGCACUGGACACAUUCGUGUAUACGACACAUGUGGUAAUCAAACUCACUGUGGCUACAAAAAGCCUCCCAUGACGUGUCUGGUGUUGAUCUGUGAACCUAUUCCACAUCCAUCAAACAUUGAGGUCCCCUUGGACAGUAAAACGUUCCUCAGUCGUCACAGUCUUGAUAUGAAAUUUUCCUAUUGUGAUGAAAGAAUUACAGAGUUGAUGGGGUAUGAGCCAGAGGAACUUCUGGGUCGCUCAAUCUAUGAGUACUAUCAUGCACUGGAUUCUGAUCAUCUCACCAAAACACACCACGACAUGUUCACAAAAGGGCAGGUGACAACAGGACAGUACAGAAUGCUUGCUAAACAAGGUGGCUACGUCUGGGUUGAAACUCAAGCAACUGUUAUAUACAACACUAAGAAUUCUCAGCCACAGUGUAUAGUGUGCGUAAACUAUGUGUUGAGUGGAAUUGUUCAGAAAGACUUGAUUUUUUCCCUUGGACAAACUGAGUGCAUGUUGAAACCAGUGGAGUCUCCUGAUAUGACCAAAAUAUUCAGCAAAGAUGACCUGGAUGAUACCAACAGCCUGUUUGAAAAACUUAAACAGGAACCAGAUGCUUUAACUGUGCUGGCCCCAGCAGCUGGAGACACAAUUAUCUCUCUAGAUUUCAGCAGUAAUGAGUCUGAUGAACAACAAUGUGAUGAAGUUCCUUUGUAUAACGAUGUAAUGCUCCCCUCAUCCAGUGAGAAAUUGCAGAAUAUAAAUAUGGCAAUGUCCCCACUACCUGCCUCUGAAACUACAAAGCCACUUCGUAGCAGUGCUGAUCCUGCACUCAAUAGAGAAGUUGUAUCAAAGCUGGAGCCAAACACAGAGCCACUCGAACUUUCUUUUACCAUGCCUCAGGUGCAGGAGCGACCAACCAGCCCUUCUGAUGCAAGUACCAGCCAGAGUUCACCUGAGCCCAGUAGUCCCAAUGACUACUGCUUUGAUGUGGAUAAUGAUAUGGCUAAUGAAUUCAAACUGGAAUUAGUGGAGAAACUCUUUGCAAUAGAUACAGAAGCAAAAAAUCCAUUCUCCACUCAGGAAACUGAUUUAGAUCUGGAGAUGUUGGCUCCUUACAUCCCAAUGGAUGAUGAUUUCCAGUUGCGAUCCUUUGAUCAGCUAUCUCCUCUGGAAAGCAGUUCUUCUGGCUCUCAAAACGCAGCCACCAUUACCAUAUUUCAGCAGACUCAGACACCGUCAAGUACUGCUGAUGAAAUAAAACCAGUGACAGAACAUGUGGAUGAUGUGAAGACGCUAAUUGUUCCUUCAUCUCCUGUCCACAUAAUGAAUGAAACGAGUAGUGCCCCAGCAUCCCCUUACGGCGGGAACAGGAGUCGAACUGCGUCUCCGGUCAGAGCAGGAAAAGGAACAUUGGAUCAGACGGAAAAAUCUUGUCCAGGAGCGCCCAGUUUGCUAACAGUCACUCUGAAUAAAAGAUCUACUGCAAUGGAUGAAGAACUAAAUCCAAAGAUGCUAGCUUUGCAUAAUGCUCAGAGAAAACGAAAAAUGGAACAUGAUGGUUCACUUUUUCAGGCAGUUGGAAUUGGGUCUUUAUUCCAGCAGACAGGUGACCGUGGAGGAAAUACAUCACUUGCUUGGAAGCGUGUAAAGGGAUGCAAAACAAAUGGUCAUAAUGGAGUAGAGCAGAAGACAAUCAUUCUUCUAUCAACUGACAUAGCAAGUAAACUUCUAGGGCAGUCGAUGGAUGAAAGUGGACUACCCCAACUCACGAGUUACGAUUGCGAAGUAAACGCUCCCAUACAAGGCAACAGAAACCUGCUACAGGGUGAAGAAUUGCUCAGAGCUCUGGAUCAAGUUAACUGAGCUUUCACAAUACUUGUUCCUUUUUUGGACACUGGUGAAUCAUCACCUAAAGCAGUCUAUUUAUAUUUUCUAUAUCUGAUUUUAGAAGCCUGGCUACAGUACUGCACUAAUUCAGUUAGUUCAGUUUUGAUCCCCUUUCUACUUAUUUUGACAGUCUUUUUAAUAUGUUCUUUAUGUAACAAUAACUCAAACUACAGUGCAUUUUUAUAAUUCUUUGGUACAUACACUUUUAAGUCCAUUACAUUUAAAACACACUUGCAGUAGCAGCUUUGAAAUAUGCACCUGAUUUUAAAAAAAUAUUUAUUUUUUGGCUGGGGAGUUAGUCACCAAAACUUACCAUUAGUAAAAUGCCAACACAGGAAAAACUGGGAAUACUUUCAUCCUGCUCUUCAUAGGUAGGUGGAAGACUUGUGCUCUCUUACUCUUUAUGUUCAAAUAAGUUUUUUAUUUUAAUAGCUUUUGUAAGAACAACAAUGCUUUGCAGCAGUGCAUUGUAGCCACAAUCGCACAAUAUAUUUUCUUAAAAAAUACCAGCAGUUCCUCAUGCAAUAUAUUCUGCAUUUAUAAAAACUAGUUUUUAAGAAGAAUCUUCUUUUGUUCGCCUAUUAAAUCAUGUUUAAACCUGGAUCAUGUCAUUAUUUUAGUCACGUUGUAAUAUAAAUCGUUCUUAAAUGCUGUCUUAUGCUUUUGACUUAAAUGAGUGUGGUUAGUCAAAGGAAAGGCUUUAUCUGGAAAGGGCUAGCAGCAUUUCAUUUGGAUAAGUUCUCAAUUUAGAGAGAGAUUGAUGUUCUUAAAGUAGUCACUUUGCCAGCUUAAAAAAAAAAAAAAAAUCCCUGCCUGUAGUUGUUGAAGUUAAUGCUAAUAUUGUGUAUGAUCUUAAAUCUAAAUGUUCAGCUUACCCUGUGUGGUAUAGGUGAUAUUUCAAGCAGAUUGUAAAACAUCUUGCAUUGUUAGCAAAGUUUUAUCUAGUACAUCAUUGAGUUGCUCAAUAUUUUGAUGUUUUGGUUUUAUGCACCUUGUUGCUAUUAACAUCCAUAUGUUUUCAUGUAGAUUUCAGUAACUUGAAUAUAUUUAGAAGCCUUUUUAUUUAGAAAUAUAUAGUUGUCACAAACAUCUUAUUUUCCUAUAUGUACUGUACAAAACCUUCAUUCACUCAUUCUUUUGCUCUUUGUGGUUGGAUCUAACACUAACUGUAUUGUUUUCUUACAUCAAUAAACUAUAUGUGGACCAGGCCCCCCUGGGGAGUGUGUUAUCUGAGAGAAAUGAGAUAAUUUAUAUUUUUGUUAGUGGUUAUUGUUCAUCCGUGUUCCCUUUUUAACUUAGAGUUGAUUGGAAAUCACUGCUUCUUUAUUUUGAUUGUAACAUCUCUGCAUUAAUUAUUUGAGCCUAUUCAGUACUGAAGUCUCCUAGACAGUGUUGUACUACUGCUCGCCAAAGAUGUUAAACUUUUGAAUCUGUUGUCACACCAGUUAGCAAACUUGAAAGUGAGAAGACAGCACAUUUGUGUUACUUCAGAGUGGGAAGAUUCUUCCUUAUGAACAGCUUAAAGGUUUGUCUCUGGAAGCUUUAUCAAGGUAACACUGGAAAGCAGGAAAAAGUAAAAUUCAUAGGAGUGAUCAAUUAAAGAUGGAUUUUUAAUCACAAAACUGCAUGAUUAAAAAAUUAACCUGGUACUUGAUGAUAAAGCUUGUUCUACAUCCUUGUGCUGUUGACUCAGUAACUUUGACUACGUGACUCUUCUCAUUUUGCUGUCAUAAAACAAAAUGCUACUGAUAUAACCUUGUAAUGUGUAAAUAUGGGCAAAAUAUUCUGUGCAUUCUUCAAACUAUUUUUAAAAAACCUAUCUCCAUGUAAGAAGUUAACUGUGGAGUGUCAGAAGAUUUAUUCUGGUUUUAUUUUGGAGACUUCAUUUUCAUUAGACUUGAGCGUUUUGAAAUCAGUAUAAUGGUACAUAAGCUUAAUGUGUUUUCCAAAAUUACUGUUUCACUGAAAUGAGCACUUUUCAAACUGACACAACUGUAUUAAACUAAAUGGAGACUAUUGGCUAUCAUCUGAAAAAAAAAAAAAAAAAAGGCACUGGUAACAGAAAGCAGUUGCAUACUUCUUAAAGUUUGAGUAGAAGUUGCACGAAGAGAGGAGCCUGUGUAGGUGUAUUAAGCUAGAGUUGAAGCUCAUGCAGAGAACAUUUUGACCAUAUACACCUGUUACUAUUAAAGAUUUUUAGUGCAGCCUUUACGUGUGCAGAGUUUAUAAAGUUCUCUGGAUAAAAGCAGCAGAGCUACUGAAUGCCUGCUGUGUGAGGUCUCGUGGAUGGCAUUCUUUCCAUGGCAUCUCUCUCUGUCAGCAGUUAGAAGGUUUAAUAGUGAAGUUGCUAAAGGCUUAAGCAAAGCACCAGCUGUUAGGGGUAUCCCUUAAGCUUAGCUCUGCAUGGAUUGACCUGAUACUUUGCUGAGAUAGUGAGGAGAGUCUUGCAGACUUGUGAAGGUGUUCUGCUUUUCUCACUGCCCAGGCAAGCUCUGAGCUGGCCUGGCAGGUCAUCCCGUUUUAUCUUCAUACCAUCUUGUUUGAUGUUGUUCUGCUAUUCUCUUGACCUUAUUUUGGAGGAGCCUGACCUAUUUGGAUCUGCCAGUUCCUCUUCAGUGUACUUUAAGAGGGCAGUAAAUUUUCAUAGAGAAAAAUCUAUAUUAAAAAGAGGAGGAAAAUUUAAGUGACCCACAUCAUUUCUGGUUAUGAGCCUGCUGGAAUCAUCUCUGGUCUUAAUGACAGCAGCUGUGGAUUUAAAUGAGCUAUGUUUCAUCUAAGAAUCUUCCCAGCUGUUGUUCUUGAUUAUACAUAAUAACAAGGCAUAGCAUUUUGUUUGCUGUCCUGGUAAAAGUGACUGAAACAAGCAAUUAAUGGAAUGAACUGCAGUAGCUGUAUUGAUUUACUCUAGGGGAGAAAAAAACCCAAACCAAAACCCCAACCA